UCACAUUCAACGUAAACAAACAUUUUGCACGAGAAUUACCGUAAGUAAUAAAAUGAGCAAAGCUUUGCUAGUCUUGGGCAUUUGCGUGCUAGCGAAUAGUCUAAUCUUAGCCAAAAAGUUCAAGGAAGAAGAAAAGCCUAAAUGGGCGAAGAAAGACAUACGUGACUUCAAUGAUGCCGAUAUGGAAAGAUUGCUGGAGCAAUGGGAGGAGGAUGAAGAGCCGCUUGAGCCCGAUGAAUUACCUGAACACUUGAGGCCAGCUCCUGCAAUCGAUAUGACCAACGUUGAUCCCUCCAAUCCGGAGGGCAUUCUACAGAUGUCGAAGAAAGGCCGCACAUUAAUGUCAUUUGUUAGUGUUAACGGCAAUCCUACGAAGCAGGAAACGGAGGAUAUAACCAAGAUUUGGCAGACGAGCUUGUGGAAUAAUCACAUACAGGCGGAGCGGUACUUGAUCGAUGAUAAUCGUGCAAUUUUCAUGUUUAAGGAUGGUGCUCAAGCGUGGGAGGCCAAAGAUUUUUUGGUAGAACAGGAAAGGUGUCUUCAUGUAUCGAUUGAAAACAAGGAGUACAAAGGAAAGCAUAACCGAGAUGAACUAUAAUACUACCAAGUGGUAUUGCAUGUAUAAAAAUAUCGAAA